UUUUCCUACUGGAUUGCACCGUUUGCGAAUAAACAAGCGGAACUUAUGAUAGCCCCGCACAAGUUGCCUGAAUUCUAUGAAAUGAUGAAGCAGAUGCAAAUACCCUAUACAGUUUUUAUUGAGAAUGUUCAGACAUUAAUCAAUCGGGCAGCUCCUGCGAGUGCAUCAUCGACAUUUGAUUUUAAAAACUAUCACACAUUAGACGUAAUUAAUAAAAAUCUAGAUGACACAGCGAAGCAAUAUUCCAAAUUUGUGCAAACUGUUGUGGGCGGCCAGACGUAUGAGGGACGUCAAAUCAAAGGCGUCAAGGUUUCCUUUAAAGCUAAUAAUCCUGGAGUCUUUAUUGAGGGUGGUAUUCACGCUAGAGAAUGGAUCUCGACAGCAACUGUCAUGUACAUCCUACAUAAAUUGUUGAAAAGUGACAAUCCAGAGAUCAGAGCUCUGGCUGAGAGCUACGAUUGGUAUAUCUUCCCAUCGUUCAAUCCCGACGGAUACGUGUACACACACACCAAAAACCGAUUAUGGAGAAAAACACGUAAACAGUAUAGUUUCUUCUGUUAUGGCAGCGAUCCCAACAGAAACUGGGGUUACAAAUGGAAUACUGGAGGCGCUAGCAAUUCUGCAUGUUCCGAAACCUACGCUGGAAGUGCACCAUUCUCCGAAAUUGAGACAAAGACCUUGUCCAAAUAUAUUGAUUCUAUUUCCGAUAAAUUGUACGCUUAUAUCGCGUUCCAUAGUUACUCGCAACUGUUGUUGAUCCCAUAUGGUCACACAACGGCUCAUCUUGAUAAUUAUGACGACUUGGUAA